UGAAAAUGGUGUGCAUGUGUAUUAGAUGUUCAGUCUAACUGUUUCUUGAGCAGUAAAUCAUCAUAUUUUCAUGAUUUCUAAAGAUCAUGUGACACUGAAGACUGGAGGAAUGAUGCUGAAAAUACAGCGGAGCAUCACAGAAAUACAUUACAGUUUAACACAGAUUCACACAGAAAACAGCUGUUUUACAUUAGAAUAAUAUUUCACAAUUCUACUGUUUCUACUGUAUGUUUGACCAAAUAAAUUCAGUCUUGGUGAGCAGAAGAGACUUUCAAAAAUAUAAGAAAUCUAGUGAGGAGGUAUUAUGUUUGCAGUUCAUGAAAUGAUGCAACCAAAGGAGAAAUCUGGAGAUAUAACAGAGCCAUGUGGAGUCAAAUCUGAAGAAGUUCUGAGCAUGAUUAAUGAAGAAGAUGAAGAGGAGGAAGAGCCACUGGUUAAGAGUCCAGCACACAAGCGUCACUAUUGCAGGGAGUGUGGGAAGAGCUUCAGUGUGCGAGCGCGAUUCAGACGACACAUGCACAUACACACCGGAGACAAGCCCUACCGCUGCUCACACUGCCAGCGCUGCUUCACGUCUCAGGAGAACCUGUCCGAGCACACACACACACACUCUGCACACAGACCCCACCGCUGCUCACACUGCGGCAAGGGCUUCUUCAGACCCGGCCGGGUGGAGAUCCACCGCAGGAUCCACACUGGAGAGAAGCCCCAUCACUGCUGUCAGUGUGAGAAGAGCUUCAGGAGCGGCGAGGAGCUGCAGCGGCACACACUCAUACACACACAGGAGAAGCAGCACCACUGCUGUCAGUGUGAGAGGAGCUUCAGGAGGAGCACACAGCUGCGCAGACACAUGCGCACACACACCGGAGAGAGACCCUACAGCUGUGAGCAGUGUGACAGGAGCUUCGCACGGCCUGAACACCUCAGGACCCAUCAGCUCAGAGCUCACCCGAGCCAGACGCAUGAGCCCGCUUAACAUCCAGCUCCAGCCCUGCCCUCAGCACCAGACUCCCCAGAACACAAGAGCUUCACUUACAGCCGGCCUCCAAAUACAACUCCUCUCUUUUCUGUUCAUGCUGGUAUAAUUGCAUGAGUGAAGAAAAGAGAUUCAUCUGACUUGGGUUACCUAAUGCUGUAAUAAAUAACUUCAUUGCAAUGUAAAA